AUGGACUAUUUUGAUUUGCCGACAGCAACUGUUGCCCCAAUAGCCAUGGUGGCUGAUCUACCUCCAGGUCCAUCCAUCGCCAGCACGUUCAUCUGGCGAACACCCCUGUCAUCCAACUUGAGCGAGAGUCUGCCCGGCUCAGAGCGUCAGUUUGCCGAAGCGGUUGUUCUGGACGUUGGUCGCUGGCAAAAGGAGUUGGACCGCUUCGAGCGAUUGCAAUUCCUCCGCCACGCACCCCAUGACCUGGGGCCAGAGUUUCAGGAUCUGCGACCCCUGCUAGAACGGUCACGCGAGUUGGAGAGGGAAAGAGCGGCCCUGGUCCGGUCGACUGGCACCACGUCUUGCGUGGACUGUCGCUGUCUGGUUCCUGACCGUGGGACCUGCGAUCGCCUGGUAGAACACUAUAUGAUUACCUUCGAGUCGGUGGUCCGCAUUUUCCACGUUCCGUCCUUUCUUCAAGACCACCGAAAUUACUGGCAAGACCCGCAGAGUGUGAGCGACUCCGUCGUUUGGAAACUUCUGCUGGUCAUGGCAGUAGGCGUAUUUGUUUCCCCUGGCUCUAUAGAGCUGCAGUCGCAAGCCGCGGCGUGGAUCGUCGGUGGUCAGCGGUGGCUCGCCCGUCGCAGCCUUGAACGUGUCCAAUUUGAUCUUGACACGCUUCAAAUCAGUUGUCUGUUAUUUGUGAAUAGCCAAACCUCCCGAGUAGGAAUAGAACCGGCUGGCCUUUUUAAGGAGACUCUGAUCUGCAUGGCAAUGAAGCUGGGGCUCCACCAAGAGCCUAGCACGCAUUUCCCCACCAUGUGCGCCAGCGAGGCCGAGAUACGACGCAGGCUGUGGGCCACUGUCCUUGAAAUUGCCAUUCAGUCCAGUUUUGACUCGGGCCUUCCUCCGUUGAUCUCCUCCGAGGGCUAUGACUGUACCGCGCCAUCCAAUCUGGAUGAUGCUGAUCUGCUGGGUAAUGGCUCUUUAGUACCCCAACCACUUACUGUCUUUACCCAGUCCACUGUAUCGAUGCUACUUGCCAACACACAGCGUAUUCGUCUGCGUAUUUUGCACCUCGUUAAUGCGCCAGGAACCACUAUUACCUACCAGGAUGCGUUACAGUUGACAAGGGAGCUUCAUGAUAUUAGCAAUGCCAAUCUCGCCUGUAUGCAAUCCCUGACCGCAACAUCGACCGGACCCACGUACUUCCACAUCAAAAUUCUGGAUAUCUGUACCCGUCGCUUUCUGCUCGCGUUACAUGCUCCGUUUGCUGGCCAAGCCAAGGCCGACCCGUGUUACUACUACUCCCGCAAGGUGCGUAUGGAAGCAGCAGCCUUGCUGCUCUCCCAUCCACUGCCGCAAAUCGAUGGCGGUGAGCCUACCCUAGUCGCCGACGACCACUACACACAACUCCUGCUGUGGGGAGAUGAGAUCUUUACCAACGCGCUCCGACAUGCUGCCAGCACCCUCUGCCUCGAUCUAAUCGACAGCGUGAUGGAAAAUGCUUUCCCAGUGACCGAUCGUGACUGCCAUGAUCAGCUGUACCAGGCUGUGCAGGACGCGAUUGCGGUGUUUGAGCGCCGCGCGCAUCGAAAUCCGUCCACUCAUAACGACUAUGUUUUCUUUUCUUGUGCAACCGCCCAGAUCCAUGCCAUGCGAGCGAAGAGACCCGUCGACUGCGCCAUCCGCCAAGCAGCCAAGCGGAGUCUGGAACGUUGCUGUGCCGCAUUGGAGGAGGCCCUUGGUCGGGGCAGUAGUCGUCGGUGCGAACGGACAUCGCUUCUCCUGUCGCCAUCAAAUUCGGAAGAUCCGUCCUUGUUCCCCGUUUCCACAAAUGAGGCUGACUUUGGAUUUUGGAACAAUCUAAUAUCACGUCCCCCGCAAUUCACUGCUACUAGCUGA